GAAAUAUACAGAGGCAGAGAGUGUUGGCGUGGACAGGCCGGGCAUAAGACUCGGGUGGUUACCCUGCUGUCAUGGAAGGGGUACUGCACAAGUGGACCAAUUAUCUGAGUGGCUGGCAGCCGCGGUACUUUGUGCUGGAUGGUACUGUGUUGUCAUACUACGACUCGCAGGAAGAUGUUGGCAAAGGAAGUAAAGGGAGCAUCAAAAUGGCCGUGUGUGAGAUAAAAGUGCACACAGCAGACUUCACCCGGAUGGACUUGAUUAUUCCUGGAGAACAAUAUUUUUACCUCAAAGCAGUAAAUGCCGCAGAGCGACAGAAAUGGUUGGUCGCUCUUGGCAGUGCCAAAGCCUGCUUGGCAGACAGCAGGAGCAAGAAGGAACGAGAAAUCAGUGAAACUGAGGACACCUUGAAAUCCAAAAUGUCUGAGCUUCGACUUUAUUGUGAUUUGCUGAUGCAGCAGGUACAUAAGAUCCAGGAGUCUGCACAGCCGCUCCAGGCCAAUUCUACUCCUGAUGUUGAGGUAUUGUACCAGCGGCUUCUUUCAUUUCUAAUGGGAGCUCGCCUCUCGCACCCGGAGUGUCUUGGAAGAAAUUCAUUCUCUUCUUCAGGUGGUGGAGACAUCAAGGCUGUGACAUCCGCCGUGUCCAGCUCAAAUUCUGAGAUAUCUUCAACGCUUGACCGAGACGGAGAGCCCAUCGGACAAUCGGGAAGGCUGUCGUGGAGCCGGGCACGCUUGGUCCCGCCCCGUUUGCAGGUUUGCACCUUCCGUUUGGUCUAUGUGCUUGUUCAGGACCGUUGCACCUACCCGAAUGUUAUAUGUCACAGGACCUGA